AUGGAGCUCUCCGAUGGUUCGUUCACAUUAGACCAUAAUCAUACUCAACUUGUUGACUUCUUUCCCAAGGAAACUCGAAAUUUUCUUGAAUCCUUGCCAUCCACAAUUCUGAGCUCUCUUCAAUCCGAAGCCCCAAAACCCGUGAUGCCAGAUCAAGAUUCUUACUCGUCGUGUCAUGGGGAUAAAGAGGACUUGAAUGUCACCUUACAUAUCGGGCUUGCAAUGAGCACCUCUGAAAGUAGCUCUAGAUACUCUAGUCAUCAUCAACCAAUAACCAAAUACUGGAUACCAAGUCCUGCCCAAAUUCUUGUCGGUUUCACAAAUUUCUCAUGCCACAUCUGUAACAAAACAUUCAAUCGCCACAACAAUCUUCAGAUGCACAUGUGGGGGCAUGGCUCACAAUAUCGCAAAGGACCUGAAUCGCUGAAGGGAGUGCAGCCACGAGCAAUGUCAGGAAUCCCCUGCUACUGCUGUGAAGAAGGGUGCAAGAAUAAUCUGAAUCACCCGAGGGCCAGGCCAUUGAAGGAUUUCCGAACACUGCAGACACAUUACAAGAGGAAGCAUGGAACGAAGCAAUUCUGUUGUCGAAAGUGUGGCAAAUGUCUGGCCGUAAAAGGGGACUGGCGAACCCAUGAAAAGAAUUGUGGGAAACGUUGGCUCUGUACAUGCGGUUCAGAUUUCAAGCAUAAAAGGUCACUGAAAGAUCAUAUCAAGGCCUUUGGAAUUUCUGGUCAUGCCCCUAUUUCUCCUUCUCUUGAUGGGGUGGAGAUGAAUGAGGGGUAUCAUCAUUCCGUUUUCAUUUAA